AUUGUAUCUAAGGACGACCGCAUUUAUAUAAAGCGGAGGAGUGCCGUGGAAAUUUUAUUUCGUUAACGAAAGCGACGUCGUGCCUCUAGAGGAAAGAUUUUCGCUGCAUCAUGAAGGACGAGCUUAAGUAUCUUACGGGUUUCGGAUGCGAAUUAUUCAGCGAGGAUACGCGUUGUCCUGGGGCGCUGCCUGUUGGGCAGAAUAAUCCGCAGAAAUGUCCAUAUAAUCUUUACGCCGAACAAUUAUCGGGAACAGCAUUCACCGUUCCACGAAAUCAAAAUAAAAGGUCGUGGCUCUAUCGGAUAAAACCAUCUGUCGUUCAUAAACCGUUCAAGGUCUUUAAUCGAGCUUACGAUAACGAAUCUUACGACUGGAACAAGACAUAUCCAAAUCCCAAUCAGCUAAGAUGGAAGACUUUUGACGUCCCUAGUCGACAAGAUCCUGAAGUCGAUUUUAUCAAAGGUCUUCAUACUCUGUGUGGUGCUGGCGAUCCCAGAAUGCGUCAGGGUGUCGCGAUACAUAUGUAUUUGUGCAAUGCUUCUAUGAAAGAUAGAGCUUUCUAUAACGCCGAUGGUGAUUUUCUCAUCGUACCGCAAUUGGGCGCUCUGCAGAUCACCACCGAAUUCGGAAAGAUGCGAUGCGAACCGAACGAGAUAUGCGUUAUUCAGCAGGGAAUGCGAUUUUCUGUCACUGUUUUCGGUCCAUCCAGAGGUUACAUUCUCGAGGUCUUUGACAAUCACUUUCAGCUGCCGGACUUGGGACCGAUAGGAGCGAACGGUCUGGCGAGUCCGAGAGACUUUCAGACACCGGUAGCUUGGUACGAGGAUCUCGAGACUGAUUACGAGAUCGUAUGCAAAUAUCAGGGAAAGCUGUUUGUAGCCGAUCAAGAUCACAGUCCCUUCGAUGUGGUCGCAUGGCAUGGCAAUUACGUACCUUAUAAAUAUGAUCUCGAUAAAUUUAUGGUCAUCAAUUCAGUCUCCUUUGACCACUGCGAUCCGUCUAUUUUUACUGUGCUGACUUGUCCUACUAACAAGCCUGGAACCGCCGCGGCCGACUUUGUGAUCUUUCCACCCCGAUGGUCCGUGCAGGAGCAUACUUUCCGACCCCCUUAUUAUCAUCGAAAUUGCAUGAGCGAAUUUAUGGGACUUAUAAAAGGUCGUUAUGAAGCGAAGGAGAACGGUUUCUCUGCUGGUGGUGCAUCAUUACACUCUGUCAUGACUCCACACGGUCCUGAUAAGCAAUGCUUCGAGGCCGCGACCAAAAACGAACUGAAACCGGAACGCAUCGGCGACGGUAUGCAAGCAUUUAUGUUCGAGACCUCGUACAGCAUGGCCGUGACGGAAUGGGCCAGUAAAUUCUGCAACAAGCUGGACGAUGCCUACUAUGAAUGCUGGCAGGAUCUACGGAAGAACUUCGAGCCUAUCGCCGUCGAUAGUUUAAAUGCACGCAAUUAUUAAUGAAUUUGCAUCUUAACGCGAUCGACCAUUAUCAAUAAGAUAAAUCUUUGAUAUUUUUCAUUUUGUUUGUUUUAUUGUUAGACUUUUUAAGAGCAUGUGUUUUUAGAUGAUCGUAUGUUUACUUUCUUUUUUGAUUUGUUUUGAUGAGAUAGAAAGCUUUUCUCUUUCAAACAGAGCAUAUUUUCCCUUUCACUAAUGACUGCAUGAUAUAAAGAGUUUUUUAAAUAUCUUUUACAGUUGUAUAUAUAUAUAUAUAUAUAUAUAUAUAUAUAUAUAUGUAUGUAUGUAUAUAUAUAUAUUGUUGUGCGUCCUGUUACCAUCUUUUUCUCCUCCAAGAAAUCUUUUCAUAGCGUGUCGCGUCCGAAACAUAUCGUGCAAAAAUAUAAAAUUAUCUGGUGCGUGCAGUUGCAAAUUGAUUAUAAAUUCGCUACAUCGACAAUAUCGCGUCCGCAUGAAGAAUGUGUUACUGAGUGCAAAGAACUUUUAAUCGCAUUUACCGUCUACCAA